UUAAACUUAUUACUCAAAGUCUCAAGACAACACUUCGCUUUACCUGUCCCCAUUUGUAAUAAUCUCUUACAAUUCUUUUUUUUUUUAAUUUCACAAUCUUCUUAGUUGCUUCUGCACACAAAUUUAGACUUACCCAGAAUAAAUUUUUUCCUUAAUUGUUCAAUUUCUGCUUCUGGGUAUCUUAAAGACCGGUUCUUUUCACUUGAACGGUCUUUGGUUUUUAUGGGUUGUUGUUUUGGAUGAUUUUUGGGAGAUGGGUAGGUUUGAUUGAUCAAUUUCAAUUACAAAGUUGAUAAUUUGUUGGGGUUUUGGUGGAGAAAAUGAAGGAUUUUGCUGGAACCCCAGGAACUUUGACUGCCCUUGUUUUGAGAAUUUCUCAGUGUAUUUUUGCAGCUGGUUCUAUCACUGCAAUGGCUACCACCUCCACCUUCUUCAAUUUCACUGCUUUCUGCUACUUGAUAGCUUCAAUGGGUUUACAAGUCAUAUGGAGCUUUGGCCUUGCAUUACUAGACGCUUAUUCCUUGGUUCGAAAGAAAGCUCUCCACAACUCCAUCUUGGUCAGCCUUUUCGUAGUUGGUGAUUGGGUAACAGCGACAUUGUCUCUUGCAGCAGCAUCUGCCUCGGCAGGAAUCACUGUGCUCUUAUUUCAUGAUGUUGGACAUUGUAACUAUUUGAGCGAAUGCCAAAAGUACCAAAUGUCGGUUGGAUUGGCCUUUUUGAGCUGGAUAGCCAUUGCCAUGUCAUCUCUAAUUAUGCUAUGGAUACUGGCUGCAGGUUAGCAACUAGUUUCUUGUAUUCAUUAAUGAAAACACUUAAAAUGUCAUCUAUCAUUCAUUAUAGAAAUUUUUGUCAUUCCACAGUGUGAAUAGAAAAGAAAAACAAGAAGAAUAGCAAAACCAUACCCAAACUGUAUUUUUUUACUUUAUUAUUCUUUCUCUCUUCUGCCAAGAGAGCUAAAGAUGAGUCGGUGAAACAAAACGAAAGACAAAUUUUUCCGGGUCGAUGAUAA